GUGACGAUUAUUAUUAGGAAAAGUGAGAUCGAUUAAUACUUGUAUGCACUCCAAAAUUCUAAGACUUCGGAAAAUGGACGACAAGAAAAAUGGUGACUCUGCAUCAUCAUCGCCAUAAUUGCAAUAGACGAUUAAUCAUAUGCAGGCAAUCAUGGCGUCUGAUCGCCAUCCUCAGGCUAAAAUGCAAAAGCGUAGCUCACAUCCACCAACUCAAAGCUCAAGCCGUCACCAGAGGUUGCCUCUGUCCUCACAACGAAACUCCUCUCCUUCCUCAACUCCUCCAUUCCUUCACUUCCUUCCUACGUCCCCUUUCCACCCCUACGGUUUCUGCCCAUCUUCACUUUGCCACCGCCAUUUUCGAUCUCAUCCGCAAGCCAUCUUCGUUCUGUUACAACGCCGUUAUUCGAUCCCACACCCUUCUUUCUUCUCCCCAUACUGCCAUCACUUUCUUCAUUGAAAUGCAGAGAUCCGGCGUCCCCCCUGACUCGCACACUUUCCCUUUCGUGCUCAAGGCUUGUGCUCUGUUUGGUUCUAUUUUCCUCUCGAGGGGCCUCCAUUGUCAAGCUCUGAGACUCGGGUUCUUGGUGGAUGUGUAUGUCGUCAAUAAUCUUGUUCACACUUAUUCGUUAAGCGGUGGGGUGGAGGAUGCAUGCAAGGUGUUUGAUGGGAGUUGUCGCAGGGAUGUAGUGUCGUACAAUGUGAUGAUUGACGGGUUUGUAAAAGCUUGCGAGAUAGUUAAGGGGAGGGAAGUGUUCGAUAAAAUGAGUGUGAGGGACUCGUUUUCCUGGGGUGCCCUUAUCGCAGGGUAUGCUAGAACGGGCAAUUGCAGGGAAGCCAUUAGUCUAUUCGAUGAAAUGUUAGUCUCCGAUGUUCAACCUUGUAAUAAAUCGUUGGUUUCGGUGCUGUCCGCUUGCUCACAGCUAGGGGAUCUAGAGAAAGGAAAGGCCGUGCACGAUCACAUUAGGCAAACAAAUGGGGCUUCCAUAGGUGAUGCCUACUUAGCUACUGGCCUGGUCGACAUGUAUGCCAAAUGCGGCUCCAUUGAGACGGCUAUGGAGAUUUUCCAGACAUGUUGUGAGAAGAACAUCUUUACAUGGAAUGCCAUGCUCUUUGGGUUAGCUAUUCACGGUGAUGGAAAGUUGUUGUUGGAUCACUUUUCACGGAUGCUGGACUCAGGCACCCCACCAGACGGGGUGACCUUUCUUGGCGUAUUGGUCGGGUGCAGCCAUACGGGCCUGGUAGACGUAGCAAGGAUCCUUUUUGGAGAGAUGGAGAGCGUGUAUGGGGUCCCACGAGAGUUGAAACACUACGGUUGCAUGGCGGACUUGUUUGGGCGUGCGGGUUUGAUCAGAGAAGCCGUGGAGAUGAUAGAGACGAUGCCCAUGAAGGGUGACGUGUUUGUUUGGGGUGGUCUGCUGGGAGGGUGCCGGACGCAUGGGAACCUUAAGCUUGCGGAGAAGGCAGCCAGGCGGAUAGCGGAGAUUGAACCGAAAGAUGGAGGGGCUUCCUCUGUAAUGGCAAGUGUGUACGCGGAUAGAGAGCGUUGGGAUGACUUGGUGAAGGUUAGGAGGAUUGGUGCUGCCAACAAGAAUGCUGCUGCUGCUGCUCCUGGAUGGAGUGUGAUUCAGGUGAAUGGCUUUGGUACACUGGCACUCGACCCACCCUGCUAAUACACAAGGAGGAGGAUGCAAGUUCUUUGCUUGGAAAGAAGAGAGUAAUGCUAAAUGGGAAAGUUCAGAGUUGAGCUGGGAGGAGGGCAGAAAGCUACUUUAUCAGUUAAGAGAUGAAAAUAUGAGUGUUCGUCAUGAAGUGAGUGAGUUACGAGCUGCACUGCAAUCCGAAAUUCAAGAAAGGAGGAAUUGUAUAAUGUUGAUUACAAUUAUAAUUGUAUUUGUUGUGGUAGCAAUGGCAAUGAUGAUCUGUGUAUUAAAGUAGAAUUUGUAAAGAAUUUUUAUGUAGUUCUUGCAAUGGCUAUGAAGUAACAUUGUAUAACAAUGUAAUUUGUAAUUUGAAUUUCUAAAAGUCAAGGGUUAUAUAUUUAACUUUUUUGUUAUGAUUUCUUUACAUACAUGUAUAUGAUAUGUGCC